CCAAAAUGUGCGUGACAGCAUGUGCGAUAUUGGAUCCUAUAUAUAUUCUCACAUUUGUCAGUUUAUCAUCACUGGCAUAUCCUUAUAAGUUAGACGAGUGUUAGAUAAAUCUUGUUGGCGUUGUUGAAUCAAAUGAAAAUGGCAGUGCCAGUUACUUACUUUGCUAUUCUUGCUAUCGUUGUUCUGCACAGCGUGAAGGCAGCUACAAUAUUUGAUCCUGAACUGGAUACUCACUGGGAAAACUUUAAGAGGAUAUUUCAGAAACAGUAUAGCGGACGCGAGGAAGGAGCAAGAAGACUCAUCUUUGAAGGCCAUGUAAAUGACAUCGUGAAACACAAUCUAGAAUUCGAUCUCGGAAUUCACAAAUACAGAAAGGGACUCAAUGAAUUUGCUGACAUGAGCCAUGAUGAAUUUGUUAAAACCUUGAAUGGUUUCAAAGGAGCGAAACUGAACAAAUCCACUACUACAUUUAUUCUCCCUUCUAACAUUGAUUUACCAGACACAGUAGACUGGAGGCAACAAGGCCUUGUCACAGGAGUCAAAAACCAGGGUCAAUGCGGAUCUUGCUGGGCUUUCUCAACAACUGGAUCGCUAGAAGGACAGCAUAAAAAGAAAACUGGGAAACUUGUUUCCUUGAGCGAACAGAAUCUUAUGGAUUGCUCCAGACCUGAAGGUAACAUGGGCUGUGAAGGAGGCCUUAUGGAUCAAGGAUUUGAGUACAUCAAAAAAAACGGUGGCAUUGACACAGAGCAAUCUUAUCCAUACACUGCUGAGGAUGGAACUUGUCAUUUCAAAAAAGCUAAUGUAGGAGCAACUUGCACAGGAUUUGUUGAUAUACCGUCAGGUGACGAAAGUGCCUUGCAAAAAGCAGUUGCAACAAUUGGCCCAGUUUCCGUUGCUAUUGAUGCAAGUCAGUUUAGCUUCCAACUGUACAGUGGCGGCAUAUAUGAUGAACCAAACUGCAGCACUCAGACUCUUGACCACGGAGUCUUAGCCAUCGGAUAUGGUACUGAAGACGGAACUGAUUACUGGUUGGUGAAGAACAGCUGGGGAACCUCCUGGGGUGAUAAUGGCUACAUCAAAAUGUCGAGGAAUAAGAAUAACCAGUGUGGCAUUGCCACUCAAGCUAGUUAUCCAUUGGUGUAAAUUUUCAGAUGUCAAUUAAUUUUCCGAAAAUGAACUUUCACAUAUUUAUUAUUCACUUUAUUGUAAAAAUUUAAGAAUAUGGUUUUCUUCAUUUCUUAUCCGCUUUGAAUAAAAGCAUGGAUAUUUUAAUAUAAUUUGUAUAUAUUUUAAUAAUAAAAAGCAUGUUUUAACUAUA